UUCACUGCGCGUAUCCAAUCAUAACGAUGGGCGGGAUCAUACAGCCCUAGUUCAGUCAGUCCUUAAAUACUGCAGCAACUCCACAGACGACUUACUGAUUUCUUCUACGUUUUGAGGAAAGACGUUUUAAGAACAAUAUGUCUGGAAGAGGCAAAACCGGAGGAAAAGCCCGCGCCAAGGCUAAGACUCGCAGCUCCCGCGCUGGCCUGCAAUUUCCCGUCGGCCGUGUACAUCGUCUCCUGCGAAAAGGCAACUACGCUGAGAGGGUAGGUGCUGGUGCUCCUGUCUAUCUAGCUGCAGUUCUUGAGUAUCUCACCGCUGAGAUCCUCGAGUUGGCGGGAAACGCUGCAAGAGACAACAAGAAGACUCGUAUCAUUCCUCGCCAUCUUCAGCUGGCUGUACGUAACGAUGAAGAGCUGAACAAACUGCUCGGUGGAGUUACCAUCGCCCAGGGAGGUGUUCUUCCCAACAUCCAGGCCGUGCUGCUGCCCAAGAAAACUGGCCAGGCUGUCCCCAGCUCCGGCAAAUCGGGAAAGAAGGGUUCUUCCCAGUCACAGGAGUAUUAAAACUACGCUGAACUGAGUUAACUCACCCAAAGGCCCUUUUAAGGGCCACCAAUUAUUCUGAAAGGGGCAGAUUCCAUGUGUCUGAACUGUGGUUGUAGUCUGUAUCGAGACUUUUUGCAUAUUAAACGGUCUUUUUUUUUUA